GCUUGGCCGCAUAGAAAACCUUCACCAUGGUUCCGACGGUCACAUCCGAGUAGUCGAUCUCCGUACGCAAACCGGAACACUAACUAGACCGCUCGUAAAGCUAUGCUUUUUACCCACAGCCGAUAAUACCGAACAAACGUAAAUAAUAACCCGAUAAGAACCAAAAACCGCUAAAAUUAAUAAAUCAAAAAAAACCUAAAUCCGGUAAAAGGUCGAUCGAACCAACGACCCAUUUAUGCCACUUAACGUGGCCCAAAUUUCCAACACAAGCAUGCGACAAACUUAUAAUCUAAAUAACUUUUUUCCCAUAUAGAUCAUUAUGGACGGAAAUGCACCAACACCAACGCCAGCAAUACGUUCGGCCGUUAAUGUGCCACGCCCUGGGGCAAAUCCUGCACCCCGAACUACGGCUACCACAGCCCCUCCAAUCGCUCCAAGUAGUGGCACGCGGCCACUACCCCCGUCAACAUCGCUGUCCGCGGAGCAGCACCGCCUCCGAUGCCCGCUAUGUCGUCGCCCACACCGGUUGCAACAUUGCGGCAUAUUUAAAGGUAUGCCACCAGUCCAACGACAGCAAAUCGCCCAGGCACAUGGACACUGCCUGAAUUGUCUGGCGCACACCCAUGCAACAACCGCAUGUGAGUCAAGGGGGCUUUGUCAGAUGUGCGGUGAGCAACAUCACACACUCCUUCACCGUACCGCGAGGCGCGACAAUGGUCGACUAACUGCCUCCCAUCGCCGCGGCGUAGUCAGGCGACUCCCAAGGCAGGCAUCAGCACGACCCCGCCGAUCGGCACCCCCUCCGGAGCCACGUUCCUGGCGCCCACGCCACAACGCAAUUACGCGCCGUAGUCAGCUUAGGCCACAACCCCGCCGUGCCACUGGGCUGAGCAGCGUCGUCUACACGCUGCAACAACUUCAGCGUCUGCUAGGCUAAUAUUCGCCUAGGGGGGCCGGGAUGGCUAAAUGAGCCUACGUCGUCCCGAAAACCUACACCAACACACCUCACACAUCACUGACACGCAACAUUCACCACAUCACCUCUCGCAACAUUCACCACCUCACCUCACGCAACAUACACCUCACAGAACGACACUACCACCCAGGAUACACAACACACUAGGCGAUCACCCCACCAACCAUCAACAAAAACCACGGACACUCGAAGCGGCGGCACUCUUUUGCGUAUCGAAGUCGAAGCGGACACCUCGUCAACGUUGUAUUCCCGUCGCAAUAUAAUACAUCAGCGGACCUGAGCCGGACAAUCCAUUUUUUCUCUGUACACAUUUACAUUUUUUUAUACCUUUUCUUUGCGCUGCGUCGCAAGUGUUUUGGUUUUAUUGAGUGGCGUUUAAUAUUUUAAAACAAAAAAUUAAUAAAACUGUUGCAUUUUUAACACAAAGGAAGUGGUGAGUGUGAUUUAAUUCCAAG